AUGACCAGCAGCGUACUUGUCUUUGGCGCCGGCGCAAUCGGUGCCUUCUACGGCUCUCGCCUUGCUCUGGUCCCCUCGUUGCGCGUGUCUGUUGUCUGUCGAUCUAAUUUCAAGGCCGUGAGGGAAGGCGGUUUCAACGUCGAGUCCUCACAAUACGGCAACUCCAACUGGCGACCACACCAGGUCUUCGGCAAACCGGCCGACGCAAGAGGCAAAUGGGACUAUAUCGUAGUCAGUACCAAGGCUCUUCCCGAUGUGUCGGACGAUAGCAAGCUGCUUGAGGGUCUGGUAGGUGAUGGAACAAAGAUCGUCCUCAUACAAAAUGGAUUGGGUGUGGAGGAGCCAUAUGUCAAGAGGUUCCCAAGGGCCCAUGUCAUGAGUGCAGUCACUAUUGCUAGCUGUGCGCAGCCUGAGCAUGGUCGCAUCGUUCACAACCGUUGGACGAGGAUCAACGUCGCCCCAUACAAAUGCAAGGUUGGAGACCAGUUUGUUCGGUGGUUGCAGCAAGCUGGGAUUAAGGAUGCCAAAUUCGACAGCGAAGAGAAGAUGCAGAUGUUGCGGUGGCACAAGGUUGCCAUCAACGCUGCCAUGAACCCCAGCAGUGUGCUUGCCGGUGGUUGCCCCAACGUUGACAUGGCCCGGGAUGACGAGAUGUCCAGGCAUCUCAAGGGCAUCAUGGACGAGGUCCUGACCACAGCUAUCAAAGUGGUGGGCGUAGCGAUGCCCAAAGAGUAUGCCACAGCCGAGCAGAUUCUGAAGAGUACGCAAAAGAACACCAGUGGAAGUGUGCCCAGCAUGCAACAAGAUUGGGCGGGUGGGAAGAAGAUGGAGCUCGAGGUGAUUCUCGGCGCCCCAAUCCGCCUUGCACGAGAGAAAGGGAUCGAAAUGCCGCGCUUGCAGACUACCUAUUCCCUGAUCAAAAUGAAGCAGGCGCGACGCGACGGUGGUAGCAAGCUGUGA